GUAUUUAUUUCUAGCUUAGACAUGAUUAGGAUUAUUAAGUAAAUGCGUUACGGUCGCUUAUUUAGUCGUAAGUUUUUAUCAUCAAGUCUUAGAAUGGCUGGAGAAUUCAAAGCAAAAAGAUCCCGUUUAAGUAACGGCGGGUCCGACAAGUCGUAUUUUGAAUCGUACGCCGAUAUUACCGUACACGAAGAAAUGCUGGGUGAUGACGUACGAACAAACACAUACAAAAAAGCAAUUUUUAAUUGCUACCAAUCCCUCAAAGAUAAGGUUGUUCUUGAUGUUGGGGCAGGAACUGGAAUAUUAAGUUGCUUUUGUGCUCAAGCGGGGGCGAAAAAAGUUUAUGCAAUCGAAGCAAGCAACAUCGCCAAGCAAGCUAAGAAGGUUGUUGAGUUGAAUGGUUUAUCCGAUCAAAUUGUUGUGAUGCAAUGUCUGCUUGAAGAUGCGUUUCUUCCUGAAAAAGUUGACGUUAUCGUCAGUGAAUGGAUGGGAUAUUGCUUGCUGUAUGAAUCCAUGCUGUCAUCUGUUAUUACAGCAAGAGACAGGUGGUUGAAACCAGGGGGACUUAUGUUGCCUUCAGCUGCUGCGUUGUAUUUUGCCCCGAUCUGUGACGACGAGAUUACGGUGGAAAAAGUAAAUUUCUGGAACGACAUGGAAGAAGUGUAUGGCGUGGAUAUGUCUUGUAUUCUACCAUUUGCUAGAAGCUCUAUUUCCAAAGAUGUAAUGGUAAAAACUAUAUCAUGCGAAAACGUUUUAUCCCACCCACAACUAGUGGUGCAGUUUGACUUGCUAAAAGUAUCGCAUGCAGACGUACAACUCGUCCAACACAAAUUUAAAUUCAACAGCUUUGGCAUCGCAGAUUUCCAGGGAUUUGCCUUGUGGUUUGAUGUCUUAUUCCCAGCCCAUGAUGUUGCCAUGAGUAAUGGAAACACCACUGCCACUAAUGUAAGCGAUUUGUCACAAGAAAAUGAAACUGGGCAAAAUUCUGAUCCAGUUUCCGAUGAAAUAAAUGGCAGAGUUGCUGGAAGUGAGAAUGAGAUAGAAGAAUUGCAUGGCUGUGUGGAACAGAACAAACACUCAGAGAUAAACGGAGUCAUUCCUACUUUGCAUGGUUCAAACAUUGCCCAAAACACAGAGGAUGAUACACUUAAUCAUAAAGAUGAACUGUCUAAUGAUAAUAUACUUAAACCAAGUGUAGCAAAGGCAGGUCUUGGAUAUCCUGUCCUGCUUUCUACAUCUCCCUACAAGCCUGAAACUCACUGGAAGCAAUCUCUUCUCUAUUUGAAUAACGAAGUUCAAGUUGUACAGGACUCGCAACUAGAAGGAACGCUUGAGAUGCGACCAUGCAAGGAUAACCAUAGGUUUCUCAACAUUAAGCUAACAUGCAGUGUAGAUGGGGGUGGUGAGGUAAACAAGUCUUAUUUCAUGGGGUAUGAACUUCCCAAGAACAAAGAUGAGGAAAUUAAAACCUGUUAGGUUUUACGUAAAAACGGGCUGUAAUAAUUAUUUUUGAUUAAAAAAUUAAACAAUAAUUAUUAAUUAAAAAAUAAAUGAGUUAUUUUUAAUCAAAAAUAAAAUAAUUAUUUUAUGAUUGAGCAAAAAUCUUGUGUACUUUAAAAGUACAAAUCAUUUUAAGAAAUUUUUAUGCCUAGCAUAUCUAAGGUCGAGCCCUCAUUUUAUAUCAUUGCAAAUAACAAUAUUGUGAUGUAUGCAUGAACAUGUGCCUAAACUGCAUGUUGUAUAGAAAACUUAGGUCAAUUGGUUUUAUAAGUUUUUAAAGUAGGAAAUAUUUGUAUAUGUCACUCAAUGUCUGUGUUUACACAUUUCACUGUUGCGUGGGGGUUCUGUUCUAAGAAAUGUCAUCUUUGUUUGUUUUUGUACUGCCAUUAUUUUAUGUUACACCACUGCUGCAUUUUUUUGUGUAUAAAAUUUGUAUUGAAUUGAUCAUGAGAGUUUUCUGAGGGUUGGGGUAACGGCCAAAUCUGACCCAGGACCCCACCCAUAAUAGACAAAGUUUAAAAUUAGUACUUUGGGGUAACCAAAUCCACCAAGUGUAUGAAGUGUAGCUUUGGCCUAAGUUCCAUGUGGUAACCUAAAGUAAUUUUAAAAAUUCCAUAGAUUUUUCAAUUAACAGAUUUAAAUUAAUAAUACAGUUUUGUCCAAAAACGCGUAAGCAACCAAAUGAAAUAUUUAAAACACUGACAUUCA